AUGGCUAAACGCUUCAUUUCUCAUUUGAGUUUCAACUCUAAUGCUCCGAAAUUAAAGUCGUCUCUACAAGUUUUGCCUAAAACAAUACAUACUCAGACUCCAGUCAAGGAAAUUCAGAUACCAGUGAAAUAUGGCCACAUAUCAGCAAAGCUAUGGGGUAGCAGCGACCAACGACCUAUACUGGCCCUGCAUGGCUGGCAGGAUAACGCGGGAACAUGGGACCCGCUAGCACCCAUGAUAAUUAAAGAUAGAUCUAUACUAGCGAUUGAUUUCCCAGGUCACGGACUGUCCUCGUGGAUCCCUGCUGGUAUAAUGUACUACCAGUGGGAAUUGCCGAGCGUUAUACAUUAUCUGAAAGAAUAUUUCAAAUGGGACAAAGUUUCACUACUGAGUCAUUCAAUGGGUUCCAUAGCUGGUAUGCGUUACUCGUGUUUAUUUCCAAAUGACGUUGACUUUUAUAUAGCUAUCGACAGUCUCAUAUAUGAUGACUACAAUCUAGAUCGAGUUAUAGAAAAUUAUCCAAAAUUGAUAGAGAAAGUUGCAAUUGCGCAGACCCGUCUCGACAUAGAACCACCGGCUUACACACUGGAUGAAUUAAAGAAAAUAUGGCACCUUGGAACAAGAAAAUCUAUUGCAUUAGAAAGUGUACCAUACUUAAUGGAAAGAGGCAUACAACAAUCAAAGCAAGAUCCCACCAAAUAUUAUUUCUCACGAGACUCGAGGCUGAAAUAUGUGUUAUUCAAUCCUGAAAACAAGGAAUUUGUCGAAGCUCUCGUAAGACGACUCAAAUGUCCAACGUUGUACAUUAAAGCGAUAGACUCGCCAUAUUCAUCUGAUGAAUACUCUGUGGAAAUGCGCGACAUUGUAGAGAAAAGUAACGAAAAGUAUGAAUUGCAUUUUGUGCCUGGAACACAUCAUGUUCAUUUGAAUAAUCCUGAGAAAGUUGCGCCAUUGAUUUUGAAUUUCCUAAAUAAAUAUUGA